CCAAAGGUUGCCACUCUCCCAAUCCCUCUCUUUUGGAGCUUCCGUAAAAAAUCUGCUCAUUUUCUCUGCGUUGCUUUUCUUUAUCGGCUACCUUCUGAUUUCAUGGCUUUAUCUCUCUGUCACGCGCAACCUCGCGUGUUAUCGUCAUUUCACCACAAACAAACGUUUUCCAUUCACCACCGCUGCAGCAAUCUCCGAUUCUCUUUAAACAAAAAAUUCCUAUGUUCCCGGUGCUCCAAAUCGCGCUGGCGCCUCUCUCCUCUAAAAUCCUCUUCAAUUAACGGAUUCUCGGUAGAGAAGAGCCGUCUAGAACCAUUUAAUAGAGAAGGAAAUGUUGACUUUUACGAAAGGAUUCGAAAUUGGCUUCAUAUCAUUCAAUCAGUUCUUCCCGGAGGAAGUUGGUGGAGCUUCAGUGAUGAGGUCGAGCUUAAACUUAUGGAGAAACCGGUUACUGUGUGGCGUGCGCUUAGCAAAAUGUGGGAGUUAGUUGCUAAGGACCGUUGGGUUAUUUUUGCUGCCUUUUCUGCUCUAAUUGUCGCGGCGCUUUCGGAGAUUUCCAUACCACAUUUUUUGACGGCAUCAAUCUUCACCGCACAGAGUGGUGACAUCGCAUUCCACCGCAACGUGCGUUUGUUAAUUCUCUUAUGUGUUACUUCUGGAAUAUGCAGCGGCCUCCGCGGGUGCUGUUUUGGCAUUGCGAAUAUGAUCCUAGUGAAGCGAAUGAGAGAAACUUUAUAUUCUGCUCUUCUUUCUCAGGAUAUAUCCUUCUUUGACUCUGAAACAGUUGGUGAUUUGACUAGUAGGCUUGGGUCAGACUGUCAGCAGGUUUCACGAGUUAUUGGAAAUGAUCUCAAUCUGAUAUUACGCAAUGCUCUUCAGGGGGGAGGGGCAUUGAUCUACUUGCUUGUUUUGUCAUGGCCACUUGGUCUAUGCACAUUGGCAAUAUGCUUGACCUUAGCAGGAGUGAUGGUGAUCCAUGGCAUGUACCAGAAGAAGGCAGCAAAGUUAACACAAGACUUCACUGCUUCUGCCAAUGAAGUGGCACAAGAGACAUUUUCUUUGAUAAGAACUGUUCGUGUCUAUGGAACAGAGAAGCUGGAGCUUGGAAGGUACAAGCUGUGGCUAGAUAAAUUGGCUGGUUUAAGUUUGCGACAGAGUGCUGCAUUUGGAUUCUGGAGCCUGAGCUUCCAUAUGCUUUAUCACUCAACGCAGGUUAUUGCUGUGCUGAUUGGAGGAGUGUCUAUUCUGAAGGGUAGUUUAACUGCAGAGCAACUUACAAAGUUUAUCUUAUACAGUGAAUGGCUGAUAUAUUCUACAUGGUGGGUGGGAGAUAAUUUAUCAUCUUUGAUGCAAUCUGUUGGGGCUAGUGAAAAAGUCUUCCAAUUGAUGAAUCUCAUGCCUAGUGACCAAUUUAUAUCAAAAGGAAAAAGACUGCAAAGGCUGAUAGGACAGAUAGAUUUUGUUAAUUUAUCUUUUUGCUACACUUCCCGGGCAAUGGUGCCUGUACUGCAAAAUGUUAGCAUUUCAGUGAAUCCAAGUGAAGUGGUUGCAAUUGUUGGUCUUAGUGGUAGCGGAAAAAGCACCCUGGUGAAUCUUUUGCUCCGUCUUUAUGAACCAACUAGUGGUCAGAUUUUGAUAGAUGGCUUCCCUCUUAAGGAGCUUGAUAUCAAGUGGCUGAGGGAAAGAAUUGGAUAUGUGGGACAGGAACCAAAACUUUUCCGCAUGGACAUCAGUUCAAAUAUUAAAUAUGGAUGUACCCGAGAAAUAAAGCAGGAGGAUAUUGAGUGGGCUGCCAAGCAAGCAUAUGCACAUGAGUUCAUCUCAUUGUUGCCCAAUGGUUAUAAAACACUUGUUGAUGAUGAUUUGCUUAGUGGGGGACAGAAGCAGCGAAUCGCUAUUGCUCGAGCCAUUCUUAGGGACCCUACUAUUUUGAUCCUUGAUGAAGCCACUAGUGCAUUAGAUGCAGAGAGUGAAUACAACAUUAAGGGUGUUCUUCGUGCAAUGAGAAGUGACAAGAUGACAAAGAGAAGUGUACUAGUAAUCGCACACAGGCUUUCCACAAUACAAGCUGCUGACAGGAUAGUGGCAAUGGAUGGUGGCCACAUUGUUGAGACGGGCACUCACGCGGAGCUUCUCUGUAAAGAAGGCCUGUAUGCACGGCUGACCAGAAGACAAGCUGAUGCAGUGGCUUGAUUGUGUCAUAAUAUGUCAGGCAUUGGCAGUAUAAUUUCAACUCAUUUUUGAGGAGAUAAAGGUUGAAGCUAUUUAUUUAUUUAUUAUUAUUUUACAGCUGAUCCAUGUGUUUUAUACCAAACAACACAACGGAUAAAGGAAUUAUACAAUGAAGCUGUAAUGCUAUCUGAUACUCCAUGAUACACGAGGACAAUAUAAAUGGAGUGCAACACAUAACAAAAAUUCAUUUGUUGUAAUUACAAGGGUGUAACUGUAGAAAAACAAAUGUAAAAUUAUGAUUAUUCGAGAAGGUGGGGACAUCAACCAUGUUGCUCCUGAUAAAUGUAAUAUUAUUUAAAUGCAGACAGUAAAAAAUUUUGAUUUAAAGUGGAGUCUGCAUUUGGGGGGGUGUGUUAUUUUCUGUGUAUUUAGUUAAUCCAAUUUGAUACUCGGACUUUCUUUACAGGGGCA